UUAGGUUUUAUUUACAACAAUACAACUUCCGGGAUUUCAUUAAAAACAACAAUUACGAAAUACUUCAAAAUACUAUAUUUUGCCGUUUCUAAACAUGUCAAUAAACACAGCUCACGCUAACGGCGGAGUUUUGAUUUUCACAGGGGAGAGGAUCCUCCUUUACUGUGAUGGAGUGGAGAUGGGCUUUGAGCCCAGUUCUGUUCCACAUUUCAAAGGGAACAAGACUGGAACUCUUUACUUGACAACACACAGGGUGAUAUUCUGCAACAAAAGCACAAAGGAAAUGAUGCAGUCAUUUAGUCUGCCAUUCCUUCAGAUGCGAGGGGUUGAACUAGAGCAGCCGGUAUUUGGGGCCAAUUACAUCAAGGGAAAAAUGAUUGCUGAGCCUGGUGGUAACUGGACAGGUGAAGGAAAGUUCAAGAUGUGGUUCAAGAGUGGGGGAGCCAUUGAGUUUGGACAGGCAAUGUUGCAAGCAGGAAAAUUGGCCUCUCGGAACCGCCCCGCCCAGCCGCCUGCGUACACACCUCCCCAGGGCCCAUUCUACCAGGCUCCGCCCCCUGCCUACAGUGCUCCACACACAGACUACUAUGCCUGGGUGCCAUACCAGACCUUUCCAAAUGCCCCACCACCGGAGUAUGUGUACACGAUGAAUGCCCCUCCCCCAUACCCUGGGGUUGACCCUGCUUAUCCACCACCACAGGCCAUGGGCGGAGUUAUGUCUUCUGCAGAUGCCAAAGCAAUGGAGGCUGCUGGCAAUGGCUACUACAACCCGGCCAAUCCCCAUCAAGUCUACACGCCCGCACAGUACCCCUCUGCCCCACCAGCGUAUGAUGAAGUGACCAAGAAACACCAGUAGACUGGUUACCUGGAAUCAUUCCUCACAAACCAAUUCUUAGACUUAAGAAUAAAGAAUAGACUUAUAGCCAAAAAAUAGAUAAAGUAGUUGAAUACAUUCAGGCUACAAAUACUAUUGUCAUAAAUUUAUUGUUUUUGAUGAAUAAGUGUGUAUUAAGAAGUGUUUAAGUCCUUGUAUGAAAUUGUUUUUUACCAUGCAAACAUUAAUAUAUUAAGAAAUAUUCUUGUUGUCAGACUUAAGUCUUGGAAUUGAUUUAUGAAUACAUGCCCUGGCCAGUGGCCCUGAAACAUCAAUAUAGACUGGCUACACUCUAAAUGUUAAUGCGGUAGAAAGAUAAAGUGUACAAUAGGGACAUCUAUACUGUUGAAGAACAAAACAAUUGCUGUCUUGGUCACUUACAUUCUACUGUUAAAGACAUUUUCUUAUUUGAUGCACUUAUUGUUUGCUUGCAACAUGCAUUAAGUGACCUAGAACAUAUACAAGAUGUGUUCCUUGUAGUCAAAGUGUAGUGCAAAACAAUUGUUGAUACAUUAACAUUUUGAAGGUUUUUUAUUUCCUUUUGUAUGCGUUGUUUUUGUAUUAACUAUUAACUGUGCUGAAUAAAAAAUUAAGUAUUUAAAGAAAUUAAGGUAAUUAUGGUCUGAACAUUAUUGCCAACAUCUGAUAUAAGUGAACCCUUCAAGUUCCAAUGGCAAGUUUCCGUUACAAGUAUUUCUGAAAUCCUAAUUCUAAUAAUAUUGAACUGUACGUGGCAUGCUGUGGUUGUUAUUGUUAUCGUUUAAUAGCUUAAAGACAUUCAUCAUUUGUGGCAAAAAUCAUUUUGUGAUUGUUUGCAAGUUUAAUUUAACCAACUCAAUUGAUUAAUCUUGCAUGAACAAAUGCUGAAAGAAAGGACCAAUUGUAAGAAGUAAGAAGUGUAGGUCUAUAUUUUGGGAACCAUUAUCAAAUUGCAUGUGUUAACUUUCUGUAACUUUUUUGUUGAUUCCAUAAACAGUUGACCAAAAAAAGAAAUAUUUAAAAAAAAAGCAUGUAUCAUAUUUUCAUAAAAGUUGUUCUAUGUA